AUGACCCUAGGCAAGAUUACCGCAGCAUGCGCGAAGCAGCUAGGAGCUUUCCUGAAGAAAUCCCCUCCUACUCCUUCAACUCUGUCGCUGACGAAGGCUGAGUUCGAAAAGGCGUGUUUUGAAGCAUACGAUGUGUGUGCCAAGCGUCAAGGGGUCCCAGAGGACGCCUUAGGAAAAAGAAAGGAGCGUGAGGAGUCCUCUUCCGAAGAUUCGGAUGAUGGGAAGUGCAUUUCGUCGAAGCUUCGGAUCCCAAAAGGUUCUGCCCCCACUACUCAAGGUUCUACUUUCGCAAUCCCCAAACUUAACCCAGGGAAAUUACCAACGGGCCAGGCUCUCUCGUUGUGCAAGAAACCGCGAGGAUCUGCCCCCGUUGGGCAUUUACCUGGGGUGUCUUCUACUUCACCUGCAAUUGGGCCUUCCUUGGCAGCAAACUCAGAAGGGGUGGCUCAUGUAGAGGGCGUUUCCUCUUCUCCGUCCAAAUUAUCAGGAGUGACGACUGAAGAUGGAGUGCAGGGUGGCUUACCGUUGAAGGUGAAGUCGCCUGCUGUCUGUGCGAAGCCGUCAGAGGCAUUGCCCUCUGCUUCUGAUCUAGCUGAGGGGUCUAUCGUUGGUCAUAAAUGUGGCUCAGAGGGGAGACGCCCUUCCUCUGCCUCUCGUAAAAACAAGCUUCUAGAGGAUGCCUUCGGAGAUGGUUUUGAGGCUGCGGACACCACUCCUCUGCCAGUUGAGGCAAGUAAAGCCGUUGUGCCCGAAACCAUCUCUGGGUGUCAGGAAUCAGGGGCUGUCGAAGCGACAGGUGUUGACAUUCUCAGUGCUGACGUUUCCUUAUUACCGCCUACCACUUCUGAGUCUCAUCCAGUAGAUGUUAUUGCGGUGUCCCCGAAGGAUACUAACACUUUUGAAUCUCCUAGCGCUUUCUUGGAGCAGAUAACAUCUUCUGCCGUGCAUACGCCGGUGUACCUCCCCAGUGAUUUGAGUGAAGAUGAUAGCAUAUUUAUACGCCCUUCGAAGACGUAUUCUUUUGGCGCGGGGACGGUUGCGUUGACGUCUGAUAGCAUUAUGGUGUCGACGUUAGCAGAAGGUGGGAAGCCAGCUGCCCCCGUUGCUUCUGCAGCUGCGCUUGCAGGUGGAGAAGCAAGUGACAGAGCCGGAGUUGUGUCAGAAUAUGGGCCUUCUGUGUCUGUGGAAGUUAUGGAUGAAAUGCUACGUAUAACUAGGCCCCAUCUGCCGACAGAAGCGAUUGGAUCCUUGAGUGGGCAGGGUGAUUUGCUACAACAAGUAUCAGAUCACAUAUGGAUGAGCUAUGUAUGCGCAUCUGCUGCAAGGCGGGAAUAUGCGGCGGCUAUGCAGAAUGGUUCCAAACUGGCGGAGCAGAUGGCGAAAUUAGAAGAGGAGCGGUCAGGGAGAAAGAUGGCCGAGGCGAAUCGGGAUGUGCUUGUGGAGGCCAUCAAGAGGUUAGAAACAGAGCUGGCAGAGGCAAAAAAGAGGGUGACCGCCACAGAGGAGAAGCUGAUAAGCACUGUCAGGCUCGAAGUAGAGCGAGAUAAACUGAAAGCCGAUUUGGUGGAUAUGACCAAUAACUGGAUGGAGAAAAGUCAAUUCUGCGUUCAGCAUGAAGCCCGCAUGGAGAAGCUUAGCAGUAUGAUGAACGACCUUGAAGAAGAUGUUGUGUCGUUGCAGACUGAUAAGGAGACCUUAGAGAAAGAGAAAAAAGAGCUGGACCAAAGGGCAAACAGUCUUGAGGCCAGCGCAGCGGAGGCCAAGAAGCAGAAGCUGGAAGCUGAACUUCUUUUAGGGAAGAAGUUGAAGGAAGCGGAAGAGGCGGUAACCGAAGCCAAGAAGCAGUUGGAGGAGAUGGCAGAGAGGGCAGUAGAGGUAGCGAUUGAAAGUACUAGGCAGCGUAUUCGAGAUCGGGAGAUCACCGAACGCAAGCUUGUGAGGGUGGCUGAAGUAGAUACUGCGAAGUACCUGGAUCUGGCAUUGCGUAAUAAGAGGCAGACCCCAGAGGAGAAAUGGGCAAAAUUGGAGAUGUAUUGUAAGAGCGUUGAUGUAAAAAUAGGAGAGUAUGACGUCGACAAGUACUUGAAUGAAUUUGGGGAUUUUCAGAUUUCCUAUCCACCGUGCCAUCUGGAGAAGUUGAAGCUGAGGGGCGACGCGCUGGGGUCAAUGUAUAAUGCCAAUGGGGAAGUUGUUGAAGAUAGUGUUGCCAUUGUGGCGUCUGAUCAGAAGGCAUCAGGAUCCAUGUCUGUUGCAGAGGGCAAGCCAGAUGGUGAAAGAGGUGCCGUAGAAUGA